AUGGCAAACAUGUUAAGAGAUAAUCAAGCUGCUAGGGCUAAUAGGUCUAUAAGCCCAUUAACUCUUGUUGUGAUUUCUAGAAGAUGUGAUGAAGUGCAAGAACUUUUAUCGUUGGUUUCUGAUAUAUUAAACAUGGUUGGAGCUUCUUUCAAGUGUAGAGAUGAACUUCAUGAAUCUCAAGCGAAAGAAAUUGAAGCAGCAUUACGUAAAGGGGAGCUUGAAACUGGUAGGGGUUUGAAUCAAGAAUUAGGUCUUGCUAGAGCCGGUGAUACUAGAUGGGGAUGUCACUACAAAUCUUUUAAGAAUUUUAUUCUUACGUUUGGUCCUAUCAUUGAUGUACUUGAUGCUAUUGCUGUUAAUGCUUAUUUUGAAGAAAAGUGUAGGGCAAAGAGAUAUCUUAAAGCAUGUUUAACAUUUGAGGCUAUCUUCAUGUUGCACUUCAUGCGCACUGUUUUAGCAAUCAUAAAUGAGCUUAAUGCAUCUUUUCAAAAGAAAGAGCAAGACAUUGCAAAUGCCAUGCUACUUGUUGGAGUGGCAAAAGAGUGA